CCUUCAUACAUUUGCGAACUAUCAUUAUCGCAUUCGACACGUCGGAGGAAAUGGCUGUGUACAACCACUCUUAUGCUUUACCAUUUGAACAGCAAUAUGAUGGUUCUUGGUUUCGAGACUACAUGCACCGGCAUUGGCAAGACAGCUUUAUUUAUUCCACUGUCUAUGUCCUUGUCGUGUUCUGUGGCAAGAAAUGGAUGGAGAAUCGUCCCCGGUACGACCUGAGACCCUAUCUCGCUACCUGGAGUGCGAUUUUGGGUAUAUUUAGUAUAAUUGGUGCUAUAAGGACUGUUCCAGAACUGAUUACCUCCGUGAGAGAUUAUGGAAUGGAGUAUUCGAUAUGCGUACCUUCGUAUCAUAUAGGCGCGACUGGGUUCUGGAGUAGCAUGUUUGCAAUAUCCAAGGUAAUUGAACUUGGAGACACUAUUUUCAUCGUUCUACGAAAGCAACAGCUCUUGUUCUUACACUGGUAUCACCAUACCACAGUUUUAAUUUACGUGUGGUAUAUGUCCCGAGCAGAUGAAGGAAUGGGAAGAUGGUUUAUUGGAAUGAACUACACUGUACAUUCAUUUAUGUAUACUUACUAUGCAUUACGUGCGAUGAAAAUUAAUAUACCCAGGUACAUCAGUAUGAUGGUAACAUCUCUACAACUAACCCAGAUGAUAGUUGGGUUCUCCGUCACUUGUAUCGCCUACCAUCUAAGUCAGAGGAGUGUGUGUGUGGUGUCUACAGGACCAAUCAUCUAUGGACUUAUUAUGUAUGCCUCAUAUUUCGUUCUCUUCGCUCGUGUCUUUUAUAUAAACUAUCUUUCCGAAAAGCCCAGAUUUAGCAGUACCAAUGAAACAAACGGAAAGAAGAGGAAUUGAUAGCAUUAUCAGUAUUACAUGUGUUCCGCUUCGAUCAACAAAUAUUGACUUUUAAUAUCACACAGUGGAAUAUUAACAUUUUCAACUCAAUGGCAGAAAUAUAUAUGACUAGGGGAAGUUUUAACAAAUAAAAGUCAAAUCAGAAA